CGAGAAGGGCACGACUAGGCCGAAAAGCCUAGGUGUAAGUGAUGCCAAGGUCGUAGGAAUCUGUAUGUAGAAUGUCGAACCUACUUCGUGACCGAUACGGACAUCGUCCCCAGUCGAGCAGGGCCUUUCACCUUGGAAAUUGCAAGGUUCCCUGACAGCGGCUCUCGUGAAAGCUUCCCUGCAGGCAAGGACAAAUUGGAAAUCUCAACAUGUUGCAACCAAAAAAUUUCAAGCCUGACUGGCAUAGGCGUGUCGUCCAUCUGUCAGACACGUGGCUGACGUUGAUGGUCCUGUACUAAAAAUUUUGAAUUUAGAGUCAUAUAUGUCGGUCUGCCGCAUCACCAUCGAAAAUUUUCCCCAGCUGCAUUAACGUCAUACAAGCCAGGCGCCAAUAGAAACACACGACAUAUUUCUCUGAAGUGGAAGCCCUCUUUGACAUCCCCGGAGCCCCAUAAAGUAGGGUUAAUAGAAGGGAGCCACCCACGGGUGAGCGAGCAAGGGAUUAAACAAUUGAGGUGCGAGAUUUUGAUCAGGAACCCGAGACAUUGUCACCGCCAUGCUGCACCGGACCCUUCGCCUACUGCUGGCACGUGGAGUAGCUGCUGCGGCGCGUAAGCCACACAUUGUGAGCCCAGGACGGAAGACGAAACUGGCGGUGUUGGGCUUGAAAAUGCUGCAAUCAAUGCAGCGGUUUCAAGUCAGGGCUCUGAACCUUGAAGCUGUAGGGUACAGUCUCCCAAAGGCCCACGUCAAUAUCUGUAGCAAAUGGAUCUGACUCGACUUUGAGCUCGUCAGUCAAAUUGGCCCACUCGCACCCAACCCGCUGGGCCGUAAGCCCCGAGUAGCAAAGACUGCCGGGAGUGCAACCGACUCCACAGAUACAAUUUAGAUCGCCU